GUCUUGUUAACAAAGGGACAGAAUGGUCCCAGGGUUCCUUCUUCUUCCUUCCAGUCAAGAGCUCAGAGUGGAAGUGGGCUGGGGAUGGUGUCGGGGACCCAAGCUCCUAGCUCCCAAAGGUCCCUGCUUCUAUGCCCUUUGAGCUCAGUCCAGAUGGGAGCUGGCUCCUUCAGAAAGGGGGCUCAGAACAGGGUUUGGGGAGCUACCUCUCUCUGCCUCCCCCCACCACAUCUGUCUGCAGGGCUGGAAGCCCCCACGAACCAGUGGUCCUGAGCCUUCUGAAGUUAGGAUUCUGCCUGGUGGUGAGGAUCCUGACAUCAAGGAUGGGACACCCUGGAUGGAGGUUCCUGGGGCCUGGCCCCCAAGACUAUGAAGAGCCUUUGCUGAGGCCAUGAGGGGUUACCAUGGCGACCGAGGCAGCCAUCCCCGCCCAGCCCGCUUUGCUGACCAGCAGCAUAUGGACGUGGGCCCAGCUGCCAGGGCCCCAUACCUGCUGGGCUCCAGGGAGGCCUUCUCCACUGAGCCCCGCUUCUGUGCCCCGAGAGCUGGCCUGGGACACAUUUCUCCUGAAGGGCCCCUGAGCCUGAGUGAGGGGCCGUCGGUAGGCCCUGAGGGAGGGCCAGGGGGGGCCGGGGUUGGGGGGGGUAGCAGCACCUUCCCCAGGAUGUACCCUGGCCAGAGCCCCUUCGACACCUGUGAAGACUGUGUGGGCCACCCACAGGGCAAGGGUGCCCCCCGCCUGCCUCCUACACUCCUGGAUCAGUUUGAAAAGCAGUUGCCAGUUCAACAAGAUGGCUUCCACACACUACCAUACCAGCGAGGGCCAGCAGGGGCAGGGCCCGGGCCAGCGCCAGGGACUGGCACUGCCCCAGAGCCCCGCAGCGAGAGCCCUAGCCGCAUCCGGCACCUGGUUCAUUCUGUGCAGAAGCUCUUUGCCAAGUCCCACUCUCUGGAGGCGCCGGGGAAGCGGGACUAUAAUGGGCCCAAGGCUGAGGGAAGAGGUGGCUCUGGAGGAGACAGCUACCCUGGCCCAGGCUCCGGAGGCCCCCACACCUCCCACCACCACCAUCACCACCACCAUCACCACCACCACCAGUCCCGGCACGGCAAGAGGAGCAAGAGCAAGGACCGCAAGGGGGAUGGGCGGCAUCAGGCCAAGUCUACAGGCUGGUGGAGCUCCGAUGACAACUUGGACAGUGAUAGCGGCUUCCUGGCGGGUGGCAGGCCCCCUGGGGAGCCUGGUGGUCCCUUCUGCCUGGAGGGUCCAGAUGGGUCCUACCGGGACUUGAGCUUCAAGGGGCGCUCGGGCGGGUCAGAAGGCCGCUGCCUUGCCUGCACUGGCAUGUCCAUGUCACUGGAUGGACAGUCGGUCAAGCGAAGUGCCUGGCAUACCAUGAUGGUCAGCCAGGGCCGGGAUGGAUACCCGGGGGCCGGGCCAGGCAAGGGGCUCCUGGGUCCGGAGACCAAGGCCAAAGCCAGGACUUAUCACUAUCUGCAGGUGCCGCAAGAUGACUGGGGGGGUUACCCCACUGGUGGCAAGGAUGGGGAGAUCCCCUGCCGCAGGAUGCGGAGCGGCAGCUACAUCAAAGCCAUGGGGGAUGAGGAGAGCGGAGACUCAGACGGCAGCCCCAAGACAUCUCCCAAAGCAGUCGCCCGACGCUUCACCACCCGUCGCUCCUCCAGCGUGGACCAGGCCAGGAUCAACUGCUGUGUCCCACCCCGGAUCCACCCCCGGAGCUCCAUCCCUGGCUACAGCCGUUCCCUCACCACUGGACAGCUCAGCGAUGAGUUGAACCAGCAGCUGGAGGCCGUGUGCGGGUCCGUGUUUGGGGAGCUGGAGUCCCAGGCCGUGGACGCCCUGGACCUGCCCGGCUGUUUCCGCAUGCGGAGCCACAGCUACCUCCGGGCCAUCCAGGCCGGCUGCUCUCAAGACGACGACUGCCUGCCUCUCCUCGCUACCCCUGCCGCUGUCUCAGGGAGGCCCGGCUCCUCCUUCAACUUCAGAAAGGCCCCGCCCCCCAUCCCGCCGGGAAGCCAGGCCCCGCCCCGCAUCUCCAUCACCGCCCAGAGCAGCACGGACUCCGCGCACGAGAGCUUCACGGCAGCCGAGGGCCCCGCCCGGCGCUGCAGCUCCGCCGACGGGCUGGACGGCCCCGCCAUGGGUGCGCGCACCUUGGAGUUGGCGCCGGUGCCGCCCCGGGCCAGCCCCAAGCCCCCCACACUCAUCAUCAAGACCAUCCCUGGCAGGGAGGAGCUAAGGAGCCUGGCGCGGCAGCGGAAGUGGCGGCCGUCCAUUGGGGUGCAGGUGGAGACGAUCUCAGAUUCAGACACCGAGAACAGGAGCCGGAGGGAGUUCCACUCCAUUGGCGUGCAGGUGGAAGAGGACAAGAGGCGAGCAAGGUUCAAGCGCUCCAACAGUGUGACAGCCGGUGUGCAGGCAGACCUGGAGCUGGAGGGCCUGGCAGGCCUGGCCACGGUUGCCACAGAAGACAAGGCCCUGCAGUUUGGACGUUCCUUCCAGAGGCACGCCUCUGAGCCCCAGCCUGGGCCCCGGGCCCCCACUUACUCAGUCUUCCGCACGGUCCACACGCAGGGCCAGUGGGCCUACCGCGAGGGCUACCCACUGCCGUACGAGCCGCCGGCCACCGAUGGGUCGCCCGGCCCUGCCCCCGCCCCCACCCCCGGCCCCGGGGCCGGCCGCCGUGACUCCUGGAUAGAGCGCGGUUCACGUAGCCUCCCCGACUCAGGCCGCGCGUCCCCCUGCCCACGGGACGGCGAGUGGUUCAUCAAGAUGCUGCGGGCAGAGGUGGAGAAGCUGGAGCACUGGUGCCAGCAGAUGGAGCGUGAGGCGGAGGACUAUGAGCUACCUGAGGAGAUCCUGGAGAAGAUCCGCAGUGCUGUGGGCAGCACACAACUUCUCCUGUCCCAGAAGGUUCAGCAGUUCUUCCGGCUGUGUCAGCAAAGCAUGGAUCCCACUGCGUUCCCUGUGCCCACCUUCCAGGACCUGGCGGGUUUCUGGGACCUCCUACAGCUCUCCAUCGAGGAUGUGACCCUCAAGUUCCUGGAGCUACAGCAACUCAAGGCCAACAGCUGGAAACUCCUGGAGCCUAAGGAGGAGAAGAAGGUCCCUCCGCCGAUACCAAAGAAGCCCCUGCGGGGCCGGGGCGUGCCGGUGAAGGAGCGCUCCCUGGACUCCGUGGACCGGCAGCGGCAGGAAGCGCGCAAGCGGCUCCUGGCGGCCAAGCGCGCCGCUUCCUUCCGCCACAGCUCGGCCACCGAGAGCGCCGACAGCAUCGAGAUCUACAUCCCCGAGGCCCAGACCAGGCUGUGACCGGUCCGGCCCGCCCAGCCCGGCCUGGGCCCGCGGUUCUCCACCCGUACUGUACACCCAGCGUCGAGGUCACUGUGAACGCGGGCCGCCCCGUGCGCCCGCCCCACCGGCACCGCACGCCCCAGCCCCCGGGCCCGUCACACUCUCGUGGGUUUUUUACCUUCCUGACCCCACGCGAAGGCGCCCGGGCUGGGCAGGGGGCCGUGCCUCUCCGCCCUGCGCCCCUCACCUGGAUCCCUCGCCCACCUGGUCCGACGCUUUGUCCCCACCUCCUUCCAAUGGGCACCAUCUCUGCCAUUCUUUUCCCCCCACGGGCCAGGCCGGGCCGGGCCCCCCAUCUGGGCUCUGCGUCCCCUCCCCCCACCCCGCGGGGCUGGGCUUCGUGGGGAUCAAGCUUCGUGGCUUUUUAUGAAGAAUCCCGAACCCCGCCUAGGAGCCCGCCCCACCCUCCCAGGGGCUCCAUCUUCAGCCCUCUGCCCACUGGGCCCAGGGACCACAGUGGCUGGACCAACCCAGGACCAGGGCGCCUGGGCCUCUCCCCUUUCCCAGCGGCUGGGUAGGGGAGAUGGGGGCUUCCCCUCACCACACCUGUGGCUGUUCCCACAUCCCCUUGAGUAUCCCAGGAAAAAUAAAACGGCAGAACUGCA